GCACACAAAAACCUGUUUCUUCUCUCUAGUAUUCCAAAAAGAAAAAAAAAAAAUGAAGUUAGAUCUGCGUUUGUUAUCCAUUCUCAAUGCUCUCAUCUACAUGAAUCACCUAUUAUUUGCCUUCCAAUCUCUUCCCACGGCUGCCUUGAAUCCAACUAAUGAAAAUGACAGACUUGCAUUGUUGGCCUUCAAGGAUCGAAUUGUUGAAGAUCCAUUAGGAAUCCUGACCUCUUGGAAUGAGUCUUCUCAUUUCUGCAAUUGGACAGGAGUUUUAUGCAGUAAGAAGCACCAAGGUAGAGUUGCCGUCUUGAAUUUAGGAGGCCAAAAGCUGGCUGGUUCAAUACCUCCUCACAUUGGAAAUUUAUCCUUCUUAAGGCAAAUCAACCUCAGUUACAACAGUUUCAAAGGCGAGAUUCCUCAACAAAUUGGUCGUUUGUCCCGACUAAGAUAUCUUAUUCUCGGUUUCAACAAUUUUCAUGGUAAAAUCCCAAUGGAGCUUGAAAAUAUAACAAAAAGCCUACAGGGAAGUAUACCAGCAGAGCUUGGAAAACUUCUAAACUUGCAAUUCCUACAACUUUCAGGAAACAAUUUAUCUGGGGAGGUACCACUUUCUAUUUACAAUUUAUCAUCACUACAUCUACUUUCUUUCGCAGAGAACCAGUUGCAUGGUAGAAUUCCAUCUAAUGUUGGCUUCACUCUUCCUAAUCUUCGGGGUUUCUAUGUCCCUUUAAACCAUUUUUAUGGAGAGAUGCCAGCUUCUUUUCUAAAUGCUACCAAAUUAGAAGUUCUUGACUUUGGGUAUAACAAUUUUAGUGGCGUGGUACCUUCAAACCUUGGAAGCCUAAGGAAUCUUCAAACUCUAUUUCUCAUGAGAAAUCAGUUGGAAAGUGCAGAAGGAGAAGGUUUAGGUUUCAUAACUUCUUUAACUAAUUGCACCAACCUUCGCCAAUUGAGACUUGACGGCAACAAUUUCGAAGGUGAAUUACCCCUUUCAAUUGCCAAUCUUUCAACUAGGCUUGAAAUGUUCGCCAUAGGCAACCGACGAAUUUCAGGUAAAAUCCCCAAAGAGAUUGGGAAUCUGGUUGGCUUAGAAUAUUUGGUUAUAGCCCGUGCCACUAUUACAGGUGAAAUUCCUUCUUCUAUAUGCAAACUAGAAAAGCUAUCUGAUAUUGAGCUGCAGGAUAAUAGAAUUUCAGGGCCAAUUCCAUCCUUCCUUGGAAACCUCACCCAACUUCAAUAUCUUAACCUAGAAGAGAACAAUUUGAAUGGCCUGAUUCCUCCUAGUUUGGGAAAUUGUACACAACUUGAAUAUCUUUACCUUGAGAACAAUUCCUUAUUUGGUAACAUACCGAAACAACUUUUUAGCUUAUCUCAUCUCAUAGACCUCUACUUGCCACAGAAUUCAGUUACAGGACAACUGCCCAUAGAUUUAGCUGAGGGUAAAAUGACCAACCUUGUGCAUUUGAGUGUUCAACACAACCAAUUGUCAGGAGGAAUUCCAAGUGCCUUAGGUGAUUGCUUGAUGUUAGAGGGACUCUGGCUGGAUGGUAACUUGUUUGAAGGAGGCAUCCCACCAUCAUUUAACAAAUUGAGAAGCCUUGUAUCGUUGGACCUCUCCAAUAACAAGUUGUCUGGCAAAAUUCCAGAAUACUUCGAAAAUUUUCCUUUGUUGCAAUACCUAAACUUAUCAUUCAAUAAUUUUGAAGGAGUGUUGCCAACUGGAAGGAUCUUCGAAAAUACAAGCAUAAUUUCUAUUUAUGGAAACCCAAGACUCUGUGGAGGCAUGCAUCAGCUAGCACUUCCUACAUGCAAGAUUGGAGACAGAAAGCUUCAUCGUUUGAUCUUGUUGAUCUCAAUAAUUGCUUCAUGCUCAAUAUUCUUGAUGGUAUCGCUUCUUGUUAUCUUUGCAUACAGAAGAUCGAAAAGGAAAGCUUCAACUUCUACCGAUGUGCAAGACCCAGAACAAUAUUCAAAGAUUUCUUAUGCAGAGCUAAGUCAGGCAACCAAUGACUUCUCAUCAUCCAACUUGAUUGGUGAGGGAAGUUUUGGUUCUGUUUAUAAAGGAAUUCUGAGUCGAGAUGGAAUGCUAGUGGCGGUGAAGGUUUUAAACCUUAAGAGGAGAGGAGCUACUAAGAGUUUCAUGGCUGAGCGUGAAACAUUAAGAAAUAUUCGACAUCGAAAUUUGAUCAAGAUUGUAACUGUUUGCUCAAGUAUAGACUUUAGAGGAACCGAUUUCAAGGCUUUGGUUUAUGAGUUCAUGCAAAAUGGAAGCUUAGAGGAGUGGCUACAUCCAAAUGAAGAUCAAACUGGUGCACAAAGUUUAAGCCUCAUUCAAAGACUCAAUAUACUCAUUGAGGUCGCUUCUGCAAUUGAAUACCUUCAUAACUAUUGCCAACCAUCAAUUGUUCAUGGAGACCUUAAGCCAAGCAAUGUUCUACUUGAUGAGGAAAUGGUUUCUCAUGUUGGUGAUUUUGGCCUGGCAAGAUUUUUAUCAAUUUCUCAAAACCAAAGCAGCUCCAUGGGUGUGAAAGGAACACUUGGCUAUGUAGCCCCAGAAUAUGGCAUGAGCACCAAGAUAUCCAAGCUUGGUGAUGUCUAUAGUUUUGGAAUUCUCUUACUGGAGAUGAUUACAGGGAAAGCACCAACUGAUUCAAUGUUCAAAGACAACUUCACCAUUCACCAAUUGGUCAAGACAAGACUUCUUGAAAGGGUAACUGAUAUUAUAGAUCCUUCAUUACUUCAGGAGGUUCAAGAAGCAGAAAAUUCAAAGGCAAGGAAUAUGGGAAAGGGAGUUGGUGUUCUGGAGAGCCUCUUGGCGGUUGCUGAGGUUGGAGUUGUCUGCUCAAUGGAGUCACCAAGUGAAAGAAUGGAGAUGAAAGAAGUUGCUGCAAAAUUAUAUGCCAUUAGAGACAAGUUCCUCCAUCGGUAGAAGCACAUGAUUCUCAUCAGUUGAUUCGAUCCAUAUCAAAGUAGAGUUAAUCGCUUGGGAAUACUUUCGUUUUGUGCCUAUUUUUAUUAAUUAGUCUUUUUUUCUUCUUUUUUAGUCAACUUGUUAUUUCUUCUUAUGAUUUUGGACCGAGUUGUAUGGAAUAUGGUUUCUUUUAACGCAAAAGAGUGCCUAAGAUCAUAUCUGUCU